AUGAGGCAAAAAGCAGAAGCUCUUCUGCGGCGAGCCGUUGCAGAUGGCUCCAUCUUGGUCGCCGAUCUGCAGGGGUUUCGCCAAAUGGAUUAUGCAGGAGUGGCGCGUAUCCUGAAGCUGGACCCAAAUCUUGGCGAGGCAGUGGUCGCCGUAAAACUGCAAGAAGUAGACGGGGGAACCCUCUUGGCCAUGCAGCCUCAAAACUUUGCGUCAAGUCUGUCCCUGACCAAGCCGGAGCAGGGUAAACGUCUGGAAGCCUUCUUGACAGCUCUUAAAAAGGUAUCAGAGGCUUCCAGCGAAUCAGAACAGCUGCAAGAGCAGCGGUGUCAGGCAGCUAGUACAGCCACCGAAGCUUCAGCAGCAGCUGACCUUGCAACUAAGAAGAAACGCACCGAGAACGAGAAGGCAGAGGCGGCAGCUGCGCCCAUCAAACCCAAGAAGGCAUCCAUUUCGAGAGGCCUUCAGGCCCCUCGAGUAUCCGGGCUCAAGAGGCCUCAUCAUGUUGCCACUGCUGCUGAUCCGUCAGAGCAAAAUGCUCUGCAAGAGGAGCGCGCAGACAUCCGAGCAGCUAAGAAGCAAAAGAAGCAGCGCAAGCAUAAAGAAAAUUGCAAGGUUGCUAUCGUCAAAAACCAGACGCACGGAGUUCGCCAACCACGUCAGCGGUCAGACAUGCCGCAGGAACGGCAUCAGGAGGCUCCACACAUUGCGGAGAAACCUCGCAUGAGCAUCAGGACAAGAGUGAUGUCUUGGGCUUCCUCUGUUAUUGCCCUUAAACGCCAAUUCGAUGAAAGUGUUGCGCGGCAACUUGCCAGGAAGAGCAAGCAGCUGCUCAUCUCCACGACUGGCUUCCCAGAAGGAGCAGGCGUCCAGGUCGAACUGCCGGCACUUGUACGACGACUUGGGCCCGUGGGAUCGACCCCUACCACCUUCGAGUGGAGGCCACAAGCCCCUGAGAAGGUCACACAUCUAAUUUGUAGCAAUGGACUAAUGCGGCCCACAGUGAAACUGUAUUUCGCAAUGGCGAGUAACUCGAUGCUUCUGAAGGAAGACUUCUUGAAGGAAGCCAAGAGGCAGAAAGCGUGGCCAGACCCCAUGCACUACCAGCGGGAUGAUUUCCCUUCUGUUGAAUUACGCGGCAAGUCUAAUUGGCUCCUUAGGGGUGUCCGUAUUUCCAUUGAGGGCCCCUACAACGACGCCGGGCUAUCGAAGCAUCAGCUGCAGUCUCUGGUUAUCGCUGCUGGGGGUUCCCUGGCGGACGAGGCCUCUGCUGCAAUCCGGCUACUGGCUGACGCGGAGACACUUCGCCGUCGGCAUGCGCGCGGGCUCUGUGCUCCAUCAAAAAACGGCCAAGGCCAGCUUAAUGUGUUCUCUACACAGUGGCUACUUGAUUGUAUUGCAGCGUGGCGGUACUUGCCAUUGGAAAAAUAUGCUCUCAGUCUGUCAGCCCCGCCGCAGCAAAUCUGCUCUGGAGACGGGCCUUCUGACGCAUUCGGAGGUGAGAAAGCGCCCAAGGGGCGAAGCAUAGACACUGUGCCGCUAGACAAAGCGGAGAGAGUCGAGAAGGGAACGCCACAGCCACCGAGUUGCGCAGGAGCCACUCCCUCCCUGCACCAAGGUGAGCUCACAGAAGGACCGCAGAGAGCGACUGGCAAACGCCGCAAUUACAAACGGCUGCCAACCGUGAGCCUUGAACAAGCAUGCGCCGACGUGGAGGCCCCAAGUGCGAAUGCAUCUUGCGGUGUCACACAUGGCCACGAAGAGGGAAGGCAGCAAGUUGAGCAAACCGCUAAACAGAAAAAAGCCACUAAAAAGCAAAACACUAAAAAGCGCAAGCAAACUUUGGAGAAAGAGACUCACGAAAGAGAUUCUCGCAAGCGUAAGAAGUCUGCCGCACAUCUUAUCAACGAAGUAGAGAAGCAGAGUGUAGUGCAACACCCGCUGGCUGCAGCAGUCAUGAAUACGGCUGAAUCAGCUCUUGCUGGAGAAAAUGGGAAAGAUCAUUUGAUGGGAUCACCAGCUUUCUCAAACAGUCCGUGCAGCAUCCCGGGUACGGUACGAGCUGGUGUGAAGGGCAGCACCGGGAGCGAAGCUGUAGCUGAAGAUGCAUUGGGCCCCUCUCCCGCUAUUUGUGACUACGAGGAAUCAGAGGCCUUUCAAAGAAGAAGUGACACCCUUCCCUGCGACGCAGGGAGUGCUGCAGAAGGAUUGCCUGCAACUGCAUUGGCACCAGAGGCAGUCACUGACAGCGCAGGAGCCCCUAGAGGAGAAUGCCCAGCUGACGUUCCCCAGGUUGGUGCUUGUGUGGACUCGUUGGAAUCCCCUGGGGAGCAGCUGGAGGUAGCCGGCCUUUUCGAAGCUGAAGAAGACGGAGAUGCUUCGGGUUAUAAUUUUGACCUUGACCAACCCUAUAGCUCAGGACCGGAUACGACUGGUGUAAUAGGCACCAAAGGCGGACCAGGCCUUACGCAGCAAGAGCUUUCCGGAGGGUUCCACGUCAACGAAAACGUGCCUUGCAACAACAGUAGCCCGGCAGACAGUGGUACCCCUCCACCUUUCAGUAUGAAAGUUUUUUACGCUUCACCAUCCGUCGCUUUGGCCUUACUAUCUGUUUAUUGUGUUUUGUACCCAUCUCUACAUUUCAUUUCGAGACCCCAAGCCAUAGUGCCAAUUACGUUUGCGGUAGGUUACAACGAAUUCACUGUCCACGCUGCUACGCGCUCUCGAGGCCAGAAUAGCAAAAUAGUUGUUGCAAUGGAUCGGCUUCUGGGUUCUGCAGGGACAACCCUCCAGUGUAGCGUUUAUUUCGCUUCAAGUCAGAGCGGCCGCAGUGGAACUAGUAGCAGUAUCCAGAAUCGGCCAUGUAUUGAAAGCAUGCUAGUACGUUGCCAAGCACCGAAGAAAUCCACUGAACACAUUUCAACUCAAAGACUGACUAGCAGCUUUGCGAGAAUGCACUGA